UCCCCAUUCGCCAUUUUGGAGACUCACCGAGAGGUCAAGGAAUUGUAUUCUGUCUGUCGUGAAUAUUAGACGUUUCUUUGAUAUCUAGUUGCAACCUGAAGUAGAGCGCUGGUCGACGGAGGACAUGUCGUGGGAUUAUUCCAGUUAUUACUCUCAUAUGUACCCACCAGAUGGGUCACAGUAUGGGUAUCCUGCAUAUGAUCCAUCUUACAACAUGGGAUAUCAACCAUAUAUGGGACAGAUGUAUGGAGGGUAUCAAGACUUCUCAAAGAAUCAACCUCAAACUUCUGGUACCCUGAAAGAGGGGGAGGAUUUGCCACCCCUUCCACCUGGCUCUCCCCCGCCUCCACCUCCACCCCCUGUAAAGGAGGAAAAGGUUGAGCAAACUGUUGAUACAAAGCCACCUCUUCCUCCAUCCCCUGCUGAGUUUCUGCAGGCACAGCAAGGCAAUUAUCACGCCGCUCCACUCUCGGAGUCGGGCAUCCGUUUCAGUCUCCCUAACCGACUCCCUCGCCCGCUGGAGUGGACCUUUCAACAGGGUGGCUUAGGGAACAAGAAGAAGAAAAAGAAGAAAGGGAGGGGUGGGAACUCCUUCAUUCAACCGCCUCUGCCUGUUGGACCUCCACCAUCUGCUCCCCCCCCUCCUCCUCCUCCUCCCCCUUCACCUCCUCCUCCUGCUCCCUUGCAAGAUGAGGUGCAGACCCCUCCGACCAGCACCGGCAAGGGGAAUCCAAAUGUAUGGGCACCUGAGGUGAAGAUGGAUAUGUCAAUCUUCAAAACUCAUCAAGUGCCUAAUUCUGAUGUAGCUCAUGGUGGCCAUGAUGAAACUUUGAGAAAUCCCCUGUUGGGUAAUGAGGAAGAACUCCCUGAAGACCUCAACAACUAUGUGAAAAAAUGCUUUAGUCUUUGUGACACUGAUGCGCAAAAGGAUGAAGUGAGCCGUAUCCUGCAAGAGAGACUGAUUCAUAUUCUCAAGACUGGUCGACUCAACAAGAUUAACUGGAACAACUACCUCAACAGUGGAGGGAACAACGAGGUAGGAGGCAGACAUCGCAAAAGGAGACGAGGCUCAUCCGGUACCACUCCUGUUCGUCAAAAGAAGGCAGUCAAGAAACAGAAGGGAAGGGCAGGUGUAAUAACAAGACCUCCACAAACUAACAAUGCCAAGCUCAUGGAGAGAGCUCAGAGGUUUGCCUCCACCUUGAACAGUGGCUCUUCCAUGUUCUUCAUCGACACGGGUGGCAGCUUCGAUGGUGUCGGAGAGGAUGGUGACAGUCAAUGGGCCUCUCUGCACAUUGUGGGAACUUCGACCGCUCUCGAGAAACCCUAUCUACGACUUACUUCUGCUCCAAAUGCAUCUAUGAUCCGUCCAGUUCACAUCCUUCAGGAGUCUCUGCAGAUGGUAAAACAGCAUUGGCAGGAGAAACAGGAUUAUCAUUAUGCCUGUGAUCAACUGAAAUCCAUUCGACAAGAUCUCACUGUACAAGGCAUUCGCGACGAAUUCUCGGUUCACGUGUAUGAGACUCACGCCCGAAUCGCUCUGGAGAAAGGGGACCGGGAGGAGUUCAACCAGUGCCAGUCCCAACUCAAGAAUCUCUAUGCUGAUGACCUUGGCCAGCACAUGCUGGAAUUUAAGGCUUAUCGCAUCCUGUAUAGCAUCUUCACAGCCAAUACGCUUGACUUGACCACAAUGCUGUCUCAGCUGACUCCAGGCGAGAAAGAGAACGUGUACAUCAAACAUGCUCUUCGAGUUAGGUCAGCAUGGUGGUUGAACAACUACCAGAAGUUUUUCAGGCUCUACCAUAAAGCCCCCGGAAUGGCAGGCUACGUCAUGGACUGGAUGAUGCCACGAGAGCGAAAGAACGCCAUCAAGACCAUCGUCAAAGCGUAUGUGGAACUCUGGUACCCUUUCAUUUUUCUGUUCUUUUCAGGUUUGCACAGCAGUCAAGAGGGCCACCAUUCAUUCUGCAGACAUCAAUAUGAGUCUUCCCUGCUCCAUGAGAAGAAGUCCUUACCAUGUCAUUUUAGUACAAUCAAGCCUAAGUCCUGGUAUUAUUUUGUGCUUAAGUUCCUACUUGCUGUAAAAUCCUUUUCUCCGCCUUGAAGGUUUUAAUACUUUUUUUUUUUAAGUGUAACCCUCAAACCAUAGGAUCUUGGUUUGCAUUUUCAUCAUUUUUCUUACAUUUCCAGCCUACUCAUUAUACCAUGGAAAAUCAUCUCUUUUCCUCUUGAGUACUGAUUUGCAGCAAUUUCUUAAAUCAUUGAAGACAACAAGACAUCUCAGUCAAUUAGUUCACCUUGUGCUCAUCAGAGGCUAGGGCAGUGAUGGUUCUAGUUAAUUUUUCACUGACUUCAUUCUGCUAUAUCUCAUUUUCCAGGAACAUGAUAGGAGUUUCAUUCACCUCAAUAAAUGUUACGUAAAUUCUAUGCAUAAUAGGGAGGUUUUGCACACUUAAUUCUAUGAUCAUAUGGAUGACUAAUCAAGUAGGCUGGGAGACAUGUUCUUUUUAAUCCUCUUCUAACCUCCAGUAUGUUUUAUAUUCUUAAUUCAAUAUUGUCUCGUGAUUGUUUUCCUGUGAAUGUCCCUGUUUUUCCACUGGUUGUUCUUCCAUUCUCGCAUCAUGACCUGUCCCCUCCCUCAUCAACUUCCUGAGACACCUCAGCUUCCAUCUGGGCUCACUAUGUGUCUCUGUUGGAACUCACAGAUAUAGGCAGGUGAUCGACGUGUCAUUUGUAGCUGAGGUUUUGGCCUUUCCUAACGACGAUGAGUGUAGGACUUUCCUGGAUACCCUUCCCGUCACCUACUCUGACAUGCUACGGACCAAGAUCAACUGCAAGGCCUGCGCUUCUGCCGUCAGCAGCUGCUGAAUCGUAUCGGGCCUCCCCCCACUGAUGCGAGCCCGUGAUGAUGCUGAGCAAGAUGGGGAAUCCCUGCCAGGAAAGAUUGAAAGAUUGGAAAUGUAUCUCAUCUCUCAGGGUGACCUGGUCUAUUGGUCCUUUUGGAUCCUAGUAUCACCAUAUGUAUCAGAAUGAAGUCUCAAAAUUAUAGCCAGGAUUUUUAUGCAUUUGAAGAAGAUCCAAUCCAAGGAAGGAAUGAAUGAAUGGGUAGGAAGAAGACCAUCAAGAUCCAUGAAAUCCCAGCUUCAGGGAAGUGCCAGUUCAUGAAGACCAUGAAAGUGGCUCUCAAGAUCAGUAUCAGUGGGGGCAGGCCUUUGAAACCAUCAAUGCCAAGAUGAAGAUUUGAGGAGAGAAAGGUGACCAGUAUUGUCUCCCAGAUGGAAGCCUUGAGCCAUCUUUUUCUUUUUAAUCCUCACCAGCUGAGUAUUAGGAAGAUUCUCACUCGUCUGCUGCUCGCGGAUCCACAUUUCGGCUAAAGCGUUCGUCGUGUCCGACGAGAUGGCAUUCGGCCAUCGUGUCAAACCCAUCACAAGAGCCAGAUAUAUGUUCCAAAUGUCAUCCUACCACACCUAUCUAGAUUGGUCAUUUUCGGGCGAUUUUGGAGUGCAGGGUCCAUCAAGCAUUAAGGGAGAUGUCGGAGGUUACGUUGAAGAUGGCAAUUAAUAGGUGGGAGUCGACAAGUAGAGGAGUGCAGGAGUCCCAACGUCGUGCUUUUUGAUUCUCGGUAUCGUCGUCGCCCUUGCGGUUUUCUUCGGUUUCUACGUGCUGAUCCGAGUAGGAAGUCAUGCAGGAGAUGUGGUUCCGGAGUCCCAAGAAGAAGAAUCUUUGCAAGAAAUCCUAUGGAAAACGAAGUCAUCCUACAUCCAAGCUGCUAUUGGAGAAUCCAUUGGAUAUAGGAAGUCUCGCCUGAAGUCAUCAACGCGUCUUCACUCUUCAUCGAGUCCUUCUAUCCAUGCAUGCAGGAGUCUUCGGGCUGGCCGACCCUCGUGGGAGGAUGUCGCCCGGAGGAAGGCGUCGAGCAGUCGAAGACCUCUCCACCUUCUUUCCCCAUUUUAAAUCCCUCCUUUCCCCUCAGGCAUUUCUUUGCAGGGCGUCGAGAAGACCGACCAAGCCUCGAAAUGCAUCACCGACUCGUCUCUCUGGUGCAUUCCAGCAUAAUAGACUCAUCGGUGCAGAUGUCGUGGGUUUUAUCUCAAGUGCAGUGGGAGAACUUUAUUUAACACCCAAGUGAGUCAUGGACCAUGAAUUUGGACAGCUUCACUUGGUGAAAAGCAAUUUUUUUUAGUCGCUACGCUAGAGUCAUUCUUGGAUUCUCAGUUUUUCCUCGCAGAGAAAUUAUUGCAUUUGUUUGGGAAUGAAAUCCCACGUAUCGGC